AUGGCUGAAAAAUUGGUAGAAGUCUUGGUGCAGUAUGUACAACAGAGAAAAAUAGGAUCUGAUACGGCAGAAGGCCAAGGACGGAAGAGUGAAUUCAGUGAUAUGCUCUGGGACGACAUAGAAAAACUAUUCACGGAGCUGACUGAUAAAUUGAAAGAGAAGGAUAUUAUGGAGAGUGCGCUGUGCCAGGAAAUCUAUGGCAAAAAGAAGAAGUUGGCACCAGAGAAGCUGCUAUGCCGGUACAUCGUGAAAAUAUUUGUAUACAUGGAUGGGAAGGAAGAAGUAGUCGAGGGAUUGACAACACUAAAUGCCGGGCACACGCGUUGGAGGGACUAUUUCAAAUGUGUGGUAGGGAAUGUGACAUUAAUAAAGUUAUUUGAGAAGAACUGUGCAGCAACGGAAAUUAUAAAUAAGGUGUCAAGGGAAAUGAGUACCAUAGGUAUGACACUUGCGGGGAAGAGUAACAGCAAACAAUGUCAGGGACUUGAUUAUGAGAGCCUCAACAUUGGCACGAAGUUUGUGGCAGGAACGAUGGGUGAAUGGAUAAAUAGGUGGAAAAUAACAUCCGUUGGAGGGGUAAGUGGGUCACGAGCACCGACCUCAUGUAGUGCACCAACAAGUAUAACGAAGGCGACAGCGACGACAGAUAGUGAAGACGCGCAUGUAGUGAAACUGUUCGAGGACGGCACUGCAAGAGAUGUAGCGGGAUUAAUACAGAAAAAGGCGACAAUAACGGCAGACGAGAGACAAAAAAUAAUGGAGGCAGCGAAGGAUAAAGGACCAGCGAAAAGUGUACUGGACGAAGUAAUGCGUGAAAUAGAACGCCAAGCGACCGGAAACGGAGGGCACAUUCAGGUGCCAGAUCCUAGAGCUCCCACACCGGCCACCGGCACACCAUCAAAGGAAUCCACAGGACAACCGGAAGCACAGAAACCAACAGAAACAACACAAGAUGCAGGAAAAACUGCAACACCCUCCACACCUGACACAGUGCCAGUUGCAAGAUCAGAGGACGUUGUGGAAACACCACCGCCAUCACGGCCGCUGCCACCGGCACCACCACCAGCAGAAGGAACAGGCGCAGGGAACGACGUACUAGAUACGAAGACGGAGAAUACUGUAAUCUCCAAGGACACGGCGACAAUAAAAGGUCGACCGGACGACCCCACAGGUGAGACCAAGUGCCCGGAGGAAAAUUCCCGUAAUACAGCCUCCAGCCCCAUAUCCUAUGAGACGUCCAACGUGACUAUUACUCCGGUUUCGUACACGUAUGAGGGGGCACUUACGUGUGCUAAAAUUAGGGAACUGCAGGCACUAGACAAAACACAACGCGAUUUACACUCGGGUCCCAAGAACGCCAUAGAUACUACAGGUAAAGACUCUACAGCAAAUACAGGUACCCAGGACCCCCAGGUACCAGCAGAACCCGCACCGGGACCAGUAACACCAUCAGAGGCGUCAGCAGUCACAGAACCACGCGCAACGGGCGGUGCAGGGGAAGUGCACACUACAUCACACCCCGGUUUUCCGAUUCCCGAUAAGACAUGUUUCUACGGCAUUGCUCAUUCAAACUGUACUAAAGUGCAUGGUUCCUUCGUCCUUAAUGAUGAUAAGGACAACACAGGUACCGGGCGCGCGUCCCCCGGUACUGCCUCCUCUCCUAGUAUUACUAACACUCAAAGUACCCGUUCUAAUAAAAAAAGUGGCACUAAUGAUUUUGUAUUAGGAUCAGAUCCUCCACAAGCAGCAGGUGACUUAGGAGGACAUUACGCACCAGGCCCUCCACAGGUGCCCCAUACUGUACACCCAAAGAAUGUGCCUUCGAAUGAUGGUGGUCCCGAUGUACCCGACCUAACCGGCACGGUCCUGACCGGCACUACUCCCGUGCUGUUGUUCGUCCCUUCCGUCAUCGUCGCCCUUCUUGGUUAUUCCCUUUGGAAAGUAAGCAUGAACUCAUACAAGCUCACACACAAGCACGCACAAAUAUAA